GGGACACGUAAGGAACGUGUGUUUGCUUUAAAUUUCAGAAUAAAAAACAGUAUAAAAUAAAAUAAUUAUAAAAAAUUAAAAGUUGGUAUUUAAUAAAAAUCCUUUGUAUGUAAAAAAAUACAAUAAAUAAGAGUUCUAGAUUAAGAUGGGCCAUUGUCUCUUUUAAACCUUUUUGGAUAAAUAAAAUCAUAUAAAAUGGAGUAAAAUAAUAUAAAAAAUUAAAAAACAAAAAGAAUUCUGCCUACGCAUAUAUAGGUAUACAUGUAUAACAACAACUCUGGUAUGAUAUGAUUCUUGCUUUCUGUGCUCUGUCUGUCUAACUGCUGGUAAGGGAAAUUUGGAUUGUAUUGGUUUAGUCCAUUGAAUCUUUGUAGCCAAGAUAGAUAGAAAUGGGUAGGCUUUUCGUGAUCACUCUUGAAGGGGAUGUAUAUAGCUGCAAACACUGCAAGACCCAUCUCGCUCUCACAGACGACGUCAUUUCUAAGUCCUUCCACUGCAGGCAUGGGAAGGCUUAUCUCUUCGAUAAAGUUGUGAAUGUCACUGCUGGUGAGAAAGAAGAGCGGAUGAUGAUGACUGGAUUGCAUACCGUUGUUGACAUAUUCUGCGUGGCAUGCGGUUCCAUUGUGGGGUGGAAAUAUGAAGCUGCACAUGAGAAGAGUCAAAAGUACAAGGAAGGAAAAUUUAUCCUUGAGAGGUUCAAAGUGUUGGGUCCUGAUGGAAGUAAUUACAUAGUAAGUCAGGAAGCUCAGAUGGGUGGAAGUGAUGGUGAUGAUGCUUGAUUUUCGGGGGAGGAUCAUUCGGUUUACAAAUUGGUCAACUGUUUUUAACUGUACAUUCUGUUCAUCUCCCUGAUCUGGUUCAACCCUGCUUGUUUUGAUCUUAUUUUGGUAUAGUUGCAACUGAAGACCAGUUUUGCAGAACUUUUUAGAAUGAUCCGUCAUCUUCCAAAUUGAUGGAUUUUGGUGAUGAAAUUUAGUUGAAUAGCAUGCACAUAUGAUGUGGGGGAGAGUUUUAUCAUCUAUACAAAUAUUUGCAAUGCUGAAUGUGAUUCAGGUCCAUACUGCUGCAUUUAACUUGAUUAGAAUAGCUUUCUUCUCCAAUGCCGUUAGUCUAAUGGUAAAACCUCUCCUCCCUCGAAGAGGAGGUGGGGAGGGUUUGAGUCCCGAAGUGGACAAUUUAUAAAAUGUGUGUGAUUACUAAGUUGCUAACUCCUGUUGCUAAUUUUAGGAACUGCUUUACUAACUCUCUGUUAAAAUGUUGUCACUGUUGAGAGCAUAGUGAUUUUUUAAUUA